CCUCCUCCGAGCGGGAUCCUUUCUUUUCUCUCCGGCUCCCCCGGCGGACUCCUCCCCCGUGGCCAGGCCCGGGCGCGCCCGUAGCUGGGGGCGUGCGCGCUUGGAGAAGCGGGGCAGGGCAGGCAGGGCGCAGGUGGAUCCGCCCGGCGCGGCGGCGAUGGAGUGAUGGAGCCGGCAGGGCUGGCUGCCGGAUCCCUCUGCUGAGCCUCUUGUCCCGCGCAGCCUCAUGGCCCCGGGUGGAGCUCUGCCUGCCCGUCGGCUGUGAGCGGCACCGGGGGCUGUGCGGAGAGGCAGCCGGCCGGGGCUCUCCAUGCCAGGGCUGCACCCCGCGUCGGGCACCACCAACUCCGAUUCUCUGUUCCCCGCAGAUGGACUUACAGGGCGAGCGGCAGAGGAGGAGGAGGAGAAGGGCGUGAGCCCGGCCGGCGAGAUCGGCGCCUGCGGCCAAGCUGCUGUGAAGCUCUGUGUCUCCUUGCGGGUUCCGCAGACCAUCCCCAUGGACCUCAGGAUUGGACAGCGCCUCUCCAAGCCUGGCCCCGACACUGCCUUGCUGGCCCUGAAGCAGACACAACAGCUGCAGCACCAGCUUUUCCUGGCUAGCUUGCACCAGCAGCAAGUAGAGCAGCUCACCCACCAGCACCUACGGGUGCCAAUGGAGCCGCCACCUCAAGAGUCCGUGUCUGGGAAGCAGGAACAGGAGCUGCGGCUGCUCUUGAACAAAGAGAAAAGUAAACGUAGUGCCGUAGCGAGUAGGGUCGUGAAGCAGAAGUUGGCUGAAGUCAUCCUGAAAAAACAGCAAGCCGCUCUGGAAAGGACCAGCGCUCCAAUCAUGCCAUACAGAUCAUUGGAGCCGAUGGAACCAGAAGGGCCGGCCGCUCUCGUCCUCCCCAGCUUCUUCCCCGCCAUUGCCAACAGCUCCGGGGACUCUCCGCAGCACUUUCCGUUAAGGAAAACAGCCUCUGAACCCAACCUCAAGGUGCGCUAUAAGACCAAGAAGGCAGGCGAGCGACGCAAGAACCCCUUGACCCGCAAGGAGAGCGCCCCUCCCUCUUUGAAGAGGCGAACGACUGAAACCGUUGACUCUUCUCCCAGCAGCAGCAGCACCCCAGUUUCGGGGUGCAGUUCGCCCAACGACAGCUUGGUGACAGAACAUGGGGCCCUGCCUGCUGCAUCAGGGCUCACACAAGAGACCCCACUAGCUCAGCGCCUGAGAAUGCAGGAAAGUACACUGGCCCAGUUUGCUCUUCAGACCACUGGCUCCCUCCCUGCUCUCACCCUAGGGCUACCGGCCACUUCCACGGCAACCAGCAGGGGAGAUGGAGAUCAUCGGACAUUCUCCAGCCUGGCACACAAGGUGCCCGUCCUGACCAGCGCCCACGCCCCCGUGUUCCUGCCAACCAGCUUGGAGCAACAUGAGCCUGGGAACCCCCUGCCUGCUCGGCUCCAGCCAGUGAUCAUCCUGGAACCUUCGCUCAGCCACACCCCUCUUGUGACUGUUUCAGGGCUAGGACCAGUCCCCUUGCACUUCAGCCAAUUGCUUCCCGCGGAGCGGCUGUCAAUGCCUAUGCCCCAUAAGCCCUUGGGGCGGACACGCUCCGAGCCCCUGCCCUCCAGCCCCAGGUCUCUGCAGCAACAGCUGGCCUACCAGCACCAUCACACCCUGUUUCUGGAGCGGCUGAAGCAGCAGACGCAGCUAGGCAAGCGCAUGGCCAAGCCCAGCGAGAAACCACGGCUGCAGCAGAUCCCCUCUUCGGAAGACAUGGAAUCGGAAGCAGGGGGCAAUCAGGGGGACCUGCCCCAGGGCCAAGCAGAGGCUUCGCCACCAAGUGGCGCCAAAGAUGCUGAAAGGAGUUCCCAGCUGGGUCAGGCACAGGAGGAGCAUGUCCUUCAGCAGCAGGCACAACAGUACCUGUGGGAGCAGCAGCAGUGCAUUCAGCAACACCAGCUGCUUCGCAGACAGCCUCCCACAGACCCGCUGCUGGUCUCAGCUGCCCGUGGAGGGCACCGGCCACUGUCCAGGGCCAGGUCAUUGCCCACUGCCGCUACAGCACCCUUGCCGUCCCAAGACACUUCUUCCAAGGUCAUAUCACUGCAGGUGCAAGAACAGGCCACCGAGCCACGCUUCACCACAGGGAUCGUAUACGACUCUGUCAUGCUGAAACACCAGUGCUCGUGCGGAGACAACAGCAACCAUCCGGAGCAUGCAGGCCGAAUCCAGAGCAUCUGGUCCCGCUUGCAGGAACGUGGACUGCGCAGUCAGUGUGAGUGUCUCCGAGGCCGCAAGGCCACUCUGGAGGAGCUGCAGUCGGUCCACAGCGAACGCCACGUGCUGCUGUAUGGCACCAACCCCCUCAAUCGCCUGAAGCUGGAUAAUGGGAAGCUAGCAGGAAUCCUCUCCCAGCGGAUGUUUGUCAUGUUGCCCUGUGGUGGAGUUGGGGUGGACAGCGAUACCAUCUGGAACGAGCUGCACUCCAGCAACGCCGCGCGAUGGGCCACGGGCAGUGUCACCGAGCUGGCCUUCAAAGUGGCUAGUAGACAGCUCAAGAAUGGCUUUGCUGUCGUCCGACCCCCGGGACACCACGCAGACCCCUCUACAGCCAUGGGUUUCUGCUUCUUCAACUCGGUGGCGAUCGCAGCCAGGCAGCUGCAGCACAAAGGGAAAAUCAACAAGAUCCUGAUCGUCGACUGGGAUGUUCACCACGGCAACGGGACGCAGCAAGUCUUCUAUCGGGACCCAAAUGUCCUCUACAUCUCCUUGCACCGCCACGACAAUGGCAACUUCUUCCCCGGAAGUGGAGCAGCUGAUGAGGUGGGCUCUGGUGCUGGCGAGGGCUUCACCAUCAACGUGGCUUGGACAGGUGGCCUUGAGCCACCCAUGGGUGACCCCGAGUACUUGGCUGCUUUCCGGACGGUUGUGAUGCCGAUUGCCCAUGAGUUCUCACCAGAUGUGGUCCUGGUGUCCGCGGGCUUUGAUGCAGCUGACGGCCACCCUCCCCCCCUAGGAGGCUACAAGGUUUCAGCUAAAUGUUUUGGCUUCAUGACCAGGCAGCUGAUGACAGUGGCUGGAGGAGCUGUUGUCCUCGCCUUGGAGGGUGGUCAUGACUUGACAGCCAUCUGUGAUGCUUCAGAAGUCUGCGUUUCUGCUUUGCUGGGCAAUGAGCUGGAACCCCUUCCAGAGGAGACCCUGCAGCAGAAACCCAAUGCGAAUGCAGUGCGCUCUUUGGAGAAAGUCAUCCAGGUGCAAAGUCAGUACUGGAGCUCUGUGCGGCGUUUUGCCCCCACUGUGGGCUACUCAUUCCUGGAAGCACAGCAUCGCGACACAGAGGAGGUGGAGACCGUGACGGCGCUGGCCUCGCUUUCCGUGAUGACCGAGAAACGGCAACAAGAUGAGCCAAUGGAAGAAGAGGAACUCAUGACCCAGUGAUGUCUCAAUCCAUCCUCUGACAGCUUCCGACAAGACUUGUGACCCUUACCAGAAUCCUGGCUCCCUCCUGCUGCUCAGCCCAUGCUAACCUGAGCCACAGGGCCAGAAAACUGUCUCAGAAUUCAGACGGGUUUGCGGCAGAUCAUCUGGGUUUAGCCCCAAGGAACCACCAUGCGUGGAACUCCACUAUGCAAGCAGCUGCCCCAAACCACUGAGAAGAAGCCUGGGUUGAAAAAUCAGAGACUGUGAAAGCACCAGGUGGGACUGUGUGGUCUGGAGUUGGACUGCAAAGCUGGAGAAUUGUAUUCUGAUGCUGGGGUGGUGCCUUCCCCGCUCCAGAACCAAAGAUGGUCCAGGAGAACCAUCCUGAAGGGAAGGGGCCAGGAUGUUCCUCUCUGAAGUCUCUUUUCCAAGCAAACAUGGUCACCUUGCCCCAGGAUGUCCCCAGGGGGUCACAAGAACUGAGCUUUGCCUGGGGAGAAUUUUCAGAAGACAAAACUCGCAAGUCAAGGAAGUGACCUCACCUUGAAGCAGCGAUGCAGCCCACUUCCUGCUAAGCGCCGUCCCUGCCUUACAUUCCUGGUCUAGGAUCCCCCUGAUUUGCACUAUAUACAGACCCCCACAGACUUCGCUGACGUUCCGUAGAACAAUGAGGGAAGAAGACGUGCACCUCUUUUUGAAUUUUGACGCGACCAUUCCUUCCGCAUCAAGGCGUUCUAUGUACAUAUACAACUCCAGGGUGCCUAUUGCCGGUUGGUUUUGCCCUGAUCCAUCAAAGCAGGCAGCCUUAUUCCAAAGAACAAACUUACAGGGGUGGGGCGGGAGGAGGGAAAUGAACAAAUUUGCCCUUGUUUUCCCAAACAAAAUUUGGAUUCCAGUCAUUGUUGUUUGUUUUAGGCAGGUUGGUUUUGCUCCUUUUAAAAAAAUCAACAACCCUACAUUUCUAGUCCUUUUGAACAUGUUGGCAAACAUGCUGCAAAUGUUCCUUGCUCUGGAUGAGAGAAUAUCUAACAGCCACUUUCUCCCCUGAGCUGGAGGACAUCUUGUGGUUUCCUUUGUCCCACUGGGGAGUCUGGAAAUAGAUCUUUUCCUCUUCCUGUUUCAUGGCCUUAUGUAAAGGUAGUUAAUUCUCCCCUGUCAAAGGGCUACCCCCAGUAUGGCAAAUUUCCUUCCCCCCGAAAAGCACUUGUGUGUAGGAAGAGAGCAUAUUGUAGAUCAGGGGUGUCCAACUCUGGCCCUCCAGAUGUUCAUGGACUUUGAUUGCUGCCAGAGGCUGAUGGGAAUCCUAGUCCAUGAACAU